GUCAGCUGACAGUGAGACGCCAUAAAGGCAUCAACAAGCCUCACCGCCUGCAUUGCAGUACUCUCCAUUCUCCAGUCUGCUUCGCCCACCGCAGAAGAACAAACAGACGAGCCGGGAAACAGCGAAGUCAUGCUGCUCCUAACUCUGCUUUUCGUGUCUUCAGCUGUAGCAACCCCUCUGCUUGGCACUGAGCAGUGUGCUCGUGGCCCCCCCUACUGGUGUCAGAAUGUAAAGACUGCAUCUCUGUGUGGAGCUGUGACUCACUGCCAGCAGAACGUGUGGAACAAGCCCCAGAUGAAAACGGUGCCAUGUGACUUGUGUAAAGAGGUGUUGAUAGUGGUGGAGCAGAUACUGAAGGACAAUGCCACUGAGUCUGAGGUCCUCGGGUACCUGGAGAAGGCCUGCCAGCUCAUCCCUGAUCAAGGUUUGACCGCAGAGUGCAAGGAGAUGGUGGAUAGCUACUACCCCAUCCUCAUUGCGAUCAUCACUGGAGAACUGGAGGAUCCUAGUGUGGUGUGUGGAGCCAUGGGACUGUGUCAGUCUCAGCAGGCAGCCCUGGCUAAGGCUCAGGCCCAGGAGCAGCUUAUGUCCAAUGAAAUCCCUCCGGUUGACCUUUCCCAGCGAGUGGCUCCCUUCCUCCUCAAUGUGCCCGAGCUCCUCUAUCCUCAGGAGGCCCCCAAACAAGAGGCUCCAAAGCAGCAAAGUGAUGAUGUGUGCCAGGACUGCAUCAAGUUCCUCACUGAUGCUCAAGCGGAAGCCAAGGCUAACUCCUCGUUUGUCGACUCUCUCAUUGAGAAUAUUGAGAACCAGUGUGACCUGCUGGGGCCAGGCCUGUCUGCAAUGUGCAAGGAGUAUGUCGGCCAGUAUGGCACCCUUGUUGUUGAGCAGCUCAUGUCCAUGGAACAGCAACCCAAGGAUAUCUGUGUCCAUGCUGGCUUCUGUACUGAUAUGAAGAAGUCUGUUCCCAUGCUGAAGCUGCAGGAUGCAAAGACUGUACCUGCUGCCAAGGCUGUACCUGCGCUCAAACUUUUCCCUGCUGCCAAGAUGGAGUCUGCCACUGACAAGUCUACUAAGCCCAUGGUGCGUGUCCGCGAUUCCCCAACGUGUGCCAUCUGUGAGUUUGUGAUGAAACAGUUGGAGACUAUGUUGGAGGAUCAGGCAACAGAGGAGGAGGUGAUCCAAGCUGUGGAGAAGGUGUGCACAUUUCUGCCCUCCACUCUGAGUGCCCAGUGUAAGGACCUGGUUGAGACCUACGGCGAGGCCAUCAUUCAGCUGCUGGUGCAGCAGGCUGACCCCAAGACCGUCUGCACAGUGUUGGCACUCUGCAAUGGUGCUAGCCGUGCAUAUGUCCCUGCACUUGACCAGACUCGCUAUAAGGCUGGUGGCUACUGCGAGGUGUGCAAGAUGGCCGUUGGGUACAUCGAUGGCAUUCUGGAGAAGAAUGCCACAGAGGCACAGAUUGAGGAGGCUGUGAGGAAAGUAUGCAGCUUCCUGCCCGACUCUUUCCAGACCGAGUGUGAUCAGAUGAUUGAACAGUACGAGCCAAUACUUGUUCAGCUGCUGCUCCAGAUGCUUGACCCAGACUUCGUGUGCAUGAAAGUGGGAGCCUGCCCUGAAGCAGUGCGCAGGCUGCUGGGAACAGAGCAGUGCAGCUGGGGACCUGCAUUCUGGUGCAAGAACAUGGAGACAGCAACUCGGUGCAAUGCUGUGGCUCACUGCAAACGCCAUGUGUGGGUAUAAAGGAAGAGGAAGACCAGCACACACUGACCUGUAGGGAAUUAAAAGAAAAAUACUGUAGUGCUGCUUCCCACUUUUUAAUGUGUCCUGUUUUUCUUUUUAAUAAAUUUAAAAUGACUGCAAAUUUAUGUUUAAAUUAACUGAUGUCAUGAUGGAAAGGGACUGGACAUGUUUUUGUUUUUUUGUUUUUUCCCCAGGGGGGAGGUAAGGGUGGAGUGAUUACAGUGUAUAGUGGCCUGCAGCUCAGCCUGUCCCUGCUCCACUCCUCUGCAGUUUUGCAUCAUUUGGGUUGUACUUAAUUAUAUUGCUUGCUGGGUGUGGUGUAUGUUAGAACACAAAUUCCGAUGUUUGUAUAAUGUUGACACAGCAUCAGAUAGCUGUUGUUCUGAUGGGUUCAGGCCCCGGAGAAACUGAUUGCAAACAGGAGACUUCUCAGUGUGUUAAGAAUGACUGGCAUUACUUUUAGCAGUAUGUCUGAUCCUUAAAAUAAAGUUUAUAUUUUGUAGACAGAAAGUUUGUUCUUGUUUUUAAGGAGCUGAUGGAGGUAAUUAUUUGUGUACCUCCCACUCACCUCCCCAGUGUUUGCACUCUUCCUACUGUUUGUAAAUCACUGCGUUUCUAACAUACAGAAAGCAUCUCAAAUUCGAUUUGUCUGCUUCAAACCCUGAGCCAACUGUCAGUUGAUCUGUACAUUUUUAACAAUUAAAAGUGAUCCCAAUCCA